CUGCUAUGGGCUGGAGAUGCAGUCAAAACUGUAAUACACUGUACAUAACAAUCAUGGCGGACAAUGAAACCCUGGAGUUUGUAACGGAGCAUGAGCGGAUACUGCAGGAAAUUGAGAGCACCGACACAGCUUGUGUCGGUCCGACUCUCCGGUCCAUUUAUGAUGACCAGCCCAAUGCUCACAAACGGUUUAUGGAGAAGCUGGACGCCAGGAUAAGGAACCAUGACCGUGAGAUUGAAAAAAUGUGUAAUUUCCACCAUCAAGGCUUUGUGGAUGCCAUAACUGAGCUUCUUAAAGUUCGUGCUGAUUCAGAGAAACUGAUGGGUCAAGUGACGGACACUAACAGGAGACUGCAGGACGCAGGGAGAGAUGUAACAGCUCAGACAGAGGAGGUGAUUUGCUGUCGGAUCCAGCAGAGGAACAUGGCCACCACAGUGGAGAAGCUUCAACUCUGCAUACCAGUGCUUGAAAUGUACAGCAAACUGAAGGAGCAACUGGAUUCCAAAAGAUAUUAUGCUGCAUUGAAAACCAUGGAGCAGCUGGAGAAGGUGUAUAUUCCAAGGGUUAGUCAGUACAGGUUCUGCCAGAUCAUGGCAGAAAAUCUGCCCAGACUGAGGGAGGAAAUCAAAGAGAUCUCAAUGUCAGACCUCAAGGACUUCCUGGAAAGCAUCCGGAAGCAUUCCGACAAGGUUGGAGAGACGGCGAUGAGACAGGCGCAGCAGCACAGGACCUUCAACAGUGCUGUGGCAAAGCAGGUCCACACAGGACACUACAGCAAGCCUGUGUAUUCUUUGAGCGGACGCACACACACACACAUCUCCAACGGCCUGCUGACCGAUGACGACGCUGGAGACGAGGAGGAAGCAGAUGAAGAGGUUCUUACAGCUCAGGACUUGGUGGAUUUCUCCCCUGUCUACAGGUGUCUACAUAUAUACACUGUGCUGGGUGACAGAGAAACAUUUGAGAACUAUUACAGGAAGCAGAGGAAGAAACAGGCCCGCCUGGUGCUGCAGCCACAGGCUAACAUGCAUGAGACUGUAGAAGGCUACAGAAGAUACUUUAAUCAGAUUGUGGGGUUCUUUGUAGUGGAGGACCACAUCCUCCACGCCACCAGAGGGCUGGUCACCAGAGUAUUCACCGAUGAACUGUGGAACAUGGCCCUGUCCAAGAUCAUUGCUGUGCUCCGCACACACUCUUCCUACUGUGAUGACCCAGACCUGGUUUUGGAGCUGAAGAAUCUCAUAGUGAUCUGUGCUGACACACUGCAGGGUUAUGGUUUCCCAGUGAAUCGACUCUUUGACCUGCUAUUCGAGGUCCGAGACCAAUACAAUGAAACGCUGCUGAAAAAAUGGGCCGUGGUUUUCAGAGAGAUCUUUGAGUCAGACAACUACAGCCCUAUCCCAGUGGAAACAGAGGAGGAGUAUAAACUGGUGACCAGUCGCUUUCCGUUUCAUGAUCCUGAGAUUGAAAAGCAGGACUUCCCUAAGAAGCUGCCGAUGUCUCAGUCUGUCCCUCAGAUCUACACACAGGUCAAAGAGUUCAUUUAUGCCAGCCUCAAGUUCUCAGAGUCCCUGCACCGCAGUUCAACAGAGAUCGACGACAUGCUGCGUAAAUCAACCAACCUACUGCUGACCAGAACGCUGAGCAGCUGCUUGCAAAACCUCAUCAAGAAACCUCACAUAGGACUGACUGAGCUGGUGCAGAUUAUCAUAAACACCACUCACCUGGAACAGGCUUGUAAAUACCUGGAGGAGUUCAUAACCAACAUCACCAACGUUUCACCCGAAACAGUUCACACCACAAGGCUCUACGGCUUAUCCACAUUUAAGGACGCUCGCCAUGCUGCAGAGGGAGAGAUUUACACCAAGCUAAACCAGAAAAUUGACGAGUUCAUUCAGCUAGCAGACUAUGAGUGGAGCAUGGCAGAAUCUGAUGGCCGCGCCUCAGGAUACCUCAUGGACCUGAUCAACUUCCUUCGUUCUACUUUUCAGGUCUUCACACAUCUUCCUAAUAACAACAAUGACCAUGCAUCAAUGUCGGGGAAAGUGGCCCAGACAGCAUGCAUGUCAGCUUGUAAGCAUCUGUCCACGUCGCUUAUGCAGAUGCUUCUGGAUACAGAACUCAAGCAGAUCAGUAUGGGAGCCAUACAGCAGUUCAACCUGGAUGUCAUGCAAUGUGAAUUGUUUGCCAGUUCAGAGCCAGUGCCCGGCUUUCAAGGUGACACACUCCAGCUAGCCUUCAUCGAUUUACGACAGCUCCUGGACCUGUUCAUGGUAUGGGAUUGGUCCACUUACCUGGCCGACUAUGGUCAGCCAAACUCAAAGUACCUGAGAGUGAACCCAGCCACUGCGCUGGCUUUGCUUGAGAAAGUCUACAGGGGAAUGAAAGACACCAACAAGAAGAACAACAUCUUCUCUCAGUUCAGGAAGAACGACAGAGACAAGCAGAAACUGAUCGAGACUGUGGUCAAACAACUGAGGAGUCUCGUCAAUGGCAUGUCCUCCUAGAAUAACGCAUACAUGUUAUUUGUAUGUGCAAUAACCAGAUAAGAUGAGUGAAACAUGCAUGCAUUCACAUGCACACAUAAAAAAAACCACCCUGAACAAUAUUGGUUUAAUUCACCACAGAGCAAUCCUAUGCAGAGGAUCAUAUUCAACAUACAAACACCUGAGUUCACAUACUUACUGGUUGCAUGGUCAUAGACAUCAGCUGAAGGCUCAGCAUUACACUGUAUGUAAAAAGCCUACAGGGAACCCCCUGCCAGCAAAUAUGACAUCAUUUCCUGUCUCUGACUACAAACCUGGCAGAGGAUUUCUGCUAAGUUCUGCACACACUCCAAACCAUUUACUGAAGCCUCAGAGGCCUGCAGAGAAAUGAUCUGUCAGCGGCUCCUCGGAGAUAAACUGUUUUGUACUUUUUUUUUUAAACUGGAUUGACUGGAGAAG